AUGCCGUCAGCAACUCGUCAAGACCAGAUCCUAUUGGUUCCCUGGGACCCCUGCUCAACAGAGCACGUUAAGCGUAUCUAUGAACAGAGAGUUCAAUGCGGCUGGGAUAAACAGCGAGUCGAGGGAUGGAAAGCGAAGCAGACCUCGGGAGAAAAGUGCAUAUUUUGGAUUACACUUCGACCUGAGGACCCCCAGACACGCGAAUCUCUUGAACUUCAUUUCGAUGCAUUCCCCGCUGAGAAAGAGCCAUUGGUAGACACCGCCGACAGUCUCCGAGCCAAGCCACGAAAGCCAUCACACACAAAGUUUUACCCGGUCGGCCACAUCUCGCUUGACCACACCAAUGAGAAGAUGGGAGACUUCGUUCUGGACCUUCCAGAGAAAGGAGUCUAUUGGAUCAAGACCUUUUACAUUUCCAAAGCACUGCGAAGCAAAGGCAUCGGACGCGCCGCCAUGGACCUUGUUGAGUCAAUGGCCAUUGACGAACCGCUAUGUGCCAAGACGCUAGCCAUCGACACUGCCCAGAAGGAUACGCAAAAGAGGAUUUACAGAGAGAAGGGUGUGGAGCUAGCUUCUACUAACCAGGAAUGGUAUGAGCGACGGGGAUACAGGUUGAUUCAUACGGAACCCGACUUCUACAAGGACCCUGAAGAGCCCCCAAUCGAUGCUGUAUUCCUUAGAAGGGACAUUGCAUAG